AUGAACUACACUAUGAACGACAAGAAUGAAGCAACCUUGGUCCGUGACACGCUUGACAUUUUUUUCAAGGCUUAUGUACGAAAUACACCACUCAAGAAAUGCCAUGGCGCUGACUGUAUAAUUCGCUCGUCAUCUAAAAGAUAUAGAGAUAUGGAUCCAUCGCUUGCUACUCAUGGUGAACGAGCCGAUUACAGCAUUGUGUCUUCCCGUGAUGAACAUCUCCUGCUAACUUUGGAGGCGAAGCGUAUUGGUGCCAGUAUGUCGGGUGAUUUUAUUCAGAUUGCUAAAGAACUGAAAGGAUGA